AUGAGCAGUCUAUCUCCUGAACCGGCUCCUGACGGCAAUCCAUUAGCCCGCGCUCGUGAGCUUCGUGACCAGCUCUGGUUCCACAACGAGCGUUACUACAACGACGACGCUCCCGUGAUCAGUGACGGCCAGUACGACGCGCUGAUGCAGGAACUCCGCGACCUGGAGGCCGAACACCCCGAGGUCCGUUCCGCCAGCUCUCCCACCCAGCUCAUCGGCGGCAGCGCGUCCGAUCGCUUCCCCCAGGUACAGCAUCCAAUUCCCAUGCUGAGCCUGGCCAACGCCUUCAGCCGGGACGACCUGGAGGCGUGGCACCGCCGCGUCACCGACCUCUUGGACGGCCAGACCUUCCGCAUGGUGGCCGAGCUCAAGAUCGACGGCCUGGCGGUGCGCCUCGUCUAUCGCGAAGGAGCAUUUGUCCUGGGAGCCACCCGCGGCAACGGGCAGACCGGGGAGGAUGUCUCCCGCAACCUGCGCGAGGUGGAGAGCAUCCCCCACGCGCUCCACGGCGAUUUCCCCGCCGAUCUGGAAGUACGAGGUGAGGUGUACCUGCCGCUGGACAGCUUCCAACGCAUGAACGAGGAGCGCGCCCGCAACGGCGAGCCGCUCUACGCCAACCCCCGUAACACCGGCGCCGGCACCAUCCGCCAGCUGGAUCCGGAGGUUACCCGCAGCCGCAACAUGCAGAUCUGGACCUACAGCUUCAACGACGCCGGCGAAGCGUCCAUGCCCGCCGGCCACUGGGCCGCCCUGGAACGGCUGCGCUCCUACGGCUUCCGUAUAAAUCCCGAGAACAGUGUCUUCAACACCGUGGACGAGGUUUGCGAGUUCUACGAUGAUAUGCUGGCCCGCCGACAUGACUGGAACUAUGAGGCCGACGGCGUCGUGGUCAAGGUCGACAGCCUCUCCCAGCAGAACUCCCUCGGCUUUGCCGGCCGUGAGCCCCGCUGGGCCAUCGCCUACAAGUUCCCCGCCGAGCGCGCGACCACCCACCUGUUGCACAUCGACAUCAACGUAGGGCGCACCGGCGUUCUUACCCCGCAAGCUAUCCUGAAGCCGGUGGUAGUCAGCGGGGCAACCGUACGGCACGCCUCGCUGCAUAACGAAGGAGACAUUCACCGCAAAGACAUUCGCAAGGGUGACGAGGUGGAGAUUGCCCGUGCCGGCGACGUAAUCCCCCAAAUCAUUGCCCCCGUUCUCUGGCCCUGGCGGAAAAACUUGCCAGAAUUUCAGAUGCCGGAGUACUGCCUAGAAUGCCGUACUCGCGUAAUCAGAAGCGAACGUACAAUCAAGGUUAGAGGCGAGGAAAAAACUAACAUCACGCACCGUUGCCCCAACUCAGCCUGCCCGGCGCAGUUUUUCGAGUCGCUGAAGCACUUCGCCAGCCGGGGCGCAAUGGAUAUUGAUGGAUUGGGCGAACAGUGGUGCCGCAUCCUGAUUGACCACAAGUUAGUCUUCGAUGUCUCGGAUUUGUACUCGCUGGCCAGGGAGCAGUUGACCAAGCUGGAGCGCAUGGGCGAUAAACUCGCCACCCGCAUCUUGACCAACAUCGAGGCCAGCAAGCAGCGUCCUCUGGCCCGCAUCCUCUUCGCCUUGGGUGUUUUUCAUGUUGGCGCGGAAGUUGCUGAACUGCUGACCGCCCGCUACGCCAGCAUCGAGGACAUCGCCGCUGCUAACGCUGAAGAACUCAAGCAAAUCGACGGUAUCGGCGAAGAGAUCGCAAAGAGCAUUGCAGAUUAUUUCGCAACGGAACGGAACCAGCAGACCAUCGCCGGCCUGAAGGCUGCCGGUGUUCAGCUCUGGCAGGAACUGGCGCACGUCGACGCGUCCGCGCAGCCGUGGAAGGGCCAGACCUUCGUCAUCACCGGCACCCUGACCUCCAUGACCCGCCGCGAGGCUGAGGGAAAGGUGAAAGCCCUGGGCGCGGCCACCUCGUCGUCGGUCAGCCGCAAGACCAACUGGGUCGUCGCCGGCGAGUCCGCCGGCACCAAGCUGGCUACCGCCGAACGCCUGGGCGUACCCGUUUUGGACGAGGAUGCGCUGGUGGCUCUCCUCGAAGACCCGUCCGCAAUCGGCGGUUUCCAGGUCGAGGGCGCGGAUGCUGCGGCUGAGCAAGGCGCCCUGGUGUUGUGA